AUGGAAGAACUGGCGCCCCUCGAGCCAUUUGGAGAAUGCUAUGAUGUGUUCUCCCAGUCGGAAAAUGGCCAGAACGAGGCUUCAGAGAAGGUUGCCCAAUGUAAACGGCUAGCGCGAGAUAUCAAGAGCAAACGUGUCACACGGGGAAGUCUCCCUGCGGAUAUCCAUCGGUCCCUUCCCAACCAUCAGGUGAUGGAUGAACUGGUCGAACUGUAUUUCGCCACUUUUGAGGCCUGCUUCCGAAUUCUUUAUCUCCCCUCCUUCCAGGCAGAGUACGAAAGCUACACUCAUCGCCCGGAAACCACAAGGGACCAUUUCUUGCUGCAGCUUCUCCUUGUGAUGAUCUUGGCGGGCACAAUACAUGAUGAUAGCAACGUCCGCAAUGAAAUGGCCACCAAAAGCUCAUCCUGGAUCUAUAUUGCCCAGACAUGGCUUUCGGCACCAUUGGAAAAAAACCGCCUGGAAGUAGAAGGCAUUCAAAUCCAUUGCCUACUCCUGCUGGCCCGUCAGGUUACUCGAGUGGGAACCGAUUUGGUAUGGAUCUCAGCGGGCUCACUCACGAGAAUGGCGAUGCAAAUGGGCUUUCAUCAAGAUCCGAACCGCUUUGAGGAGAUAAGUACGCAACAGAAAGAAAUUCGACGGCGGCUGUGGUACACCAUUCUCGAACUAAAUGUGCAAGCCGCAUUGGACUCGGGUAUGUCACCCAUGAUCAUGGAUGAGGACUAUAAUACACAACCGCCGUCCAAUGCCAACGACAAUGAUCUAGAUGAGGGGAAUCGAGAGGAAUACCCCACUCAUAUCUCCUUUCAGCCGGUAUUGGCAGGUUCCCUUCCUCUGAGGCUGCGGGUCACCAGAGUUAUCAACAGCCUGCACGAGGAACCGCCGUACGAGCAAGUUCUAGCCCUUGGAAAUGAACUGGCCCAGGCUUGUCGCGAUGCUGCCGCCGAAAUCGAACACGCUGUCUCUAUGGACAAGACAGCAAAAUUUGCCUCCAGCUACUGCAGCCAUCUCCUUCGCCGCUUUCCUCUGUGCCUGCACUUCUCAUAUGCCAUCAGGGCCAAGAAAAAUCCCCUGUACAGCUACUCCCAAAAAGUCUGUCUUGCAGCUGCGCAGGACAUCGUCUCGCUUCUUGAAGAUGUCCUGUACCACCGUUUACUCCUGGCCGGAGGUGGUAUGUUUCGCGACAUUAUCACGCGGGGUGCAUUGAUUAUUUUCCUCGGACUAUGUCCAGAGCCUGAAGGAGACAGUUCGCUCUUCCCCGGAAGGGACCGCAUCCGUAAAGAACCAUUGCUACAAGAUGGUCGCCGCGUGGUCCAUUAUGCAAAAGACAGGAUGUGGUACGGCGAAACGAACGUCAAGGUCUAUGUGUGUCUGAAUAUGAUGAUGGCCCAAGCUGAGUGUCGUCUCGACGGCAAGCCAUCAAAGGAGGCCAUUUUGGGGGCCCUGCACGAGAGUCUACAUACAUGCCAUGAUCUCCUUCAGACCAGGUCGACCACUAAUCCAACGGAUCCAAGUACGGAAACCUGGGCAUUCGGCGGCAUGGAGAUGCCCCCUGUUGGCGGAUUUCGAUACGGACUUUGA